UGUUUGCCGAAGCUCCAUGUUGCUCGCGCUGAAAAUCUCAAAGAAAUAAUCAAAAACUCCAAAAUAAAAGUGAUAAUUAUUAUCUUGCCUUGAGUAAUUAAGAGUUACGUGUUCUGGAAGUGGUGGAAGUGGCGUUAGAGUUGUGGAAAUGUCACGGUACGGCUCCGAUUGUAAAGUUUACGUUGGUGAUUUGGGAAAUAGCGCCUCCAAGCAAGAGUUGGAGGACGCGUUCAGAUAUUAUGGGCCUUUGAGGAACGUGUGGGUGGCCAGGAAUCCGCCGGGGUUCGCAUUUGUCGAGUUUGAGGACGCCAGGGAUGCAGAAGAUGCAAUAAGGGGGCUGGAUGGUCGUACCAUUUGCGGCCGCAGGGCUCGUGUGGAGAUGUCGAACGGGAAGAGCGGAAGCGGCCGUUAUAGAGGUCCCCCGCCUCGAUCUCGUGGGAGGCCUUUCCAUCCCGACGACCGUUGUUACGAAUGUGGAGACAGGGGGCAUUAUGCAAGAGACUGUAAUAGAUAUAGACGUGGUGGAAGGCACAGGUCACGCAGUCGUUCGAGAAGUCGUUCGCGUGAUCGCAGGAGUCGCUCCAGAAGCAAUUCUAGAUCACGCAGCAGAUCACGAAACCGUUCUAGAUCGCGUUCUGGGUCUGGAAAGAGAAGUAGAAGCAGGUCGCGAACUGGCGAUAAGAAUUCUAGAUCCAGGUCUAGAUCUCGCAGCCGUUCCGCCCCCAAAGAAAACGGGAACGCCACAGAAAAAGAUUAGGACCAAUGUUGUGUUGUUUUCUUUCUUUAACGUUUCUUAGCUGGUGUUGUAUAAAUUUUUAUAUUUGAUUUGGUUGGAUUCGAUUGAUUAAUUGCCAUAAAUUUCAAUCAGUAAUAAAUAAAAAUGCACUUGUAUUAAGAUUGUAAGUGUUUAGUGUAUAAAAAUAUAUAAUCACAUGAAACAACUACAAA